AUGACUUCUUUUCCGCCGUCUGCCAGCAUCGCGAAGGCCCCUCCUUUCCCCCCCUCGGCCGCUACCCCCCAGCCGGCGGGCGAUGCAGCCCCGAUGAGUCUUCCUUCCGACGCACUGCGGAUUGCACUGUCGUGUGCGUUUGAAUGCGCAGCAAUAGGAAUUCUACUUCGCUGUAUUUGCAGUCUCUCUGUUUCCUUAGAGGCGUGCCCGAGAAAGGGCGUAGGCGAGUGGAGAGGCGUCGGAACGGAGGGGCCUGCGCGCGGGGGAGCCAGCGGCGGAAGCGCAUACACUCGCUGCACCACGCCCAGGAAGGGCGUCUUGAACGUUCCUAGCUGCGCGCCUUCGACGCUUCUGUCGGAUGCUCUUGAAGUGGCGGCAUCGCAGCAGCCGAAGCGCCGCAAGGGAGAGGCAGGCAGCCUCUUGGGCGAAACGGCUCACGCUCAGCCCUUCUGUCUUCAAAACAUCACCCUCGAGAUCCCCGUUGGAGCCAGAGUCCUCCUCGUUGGCAGCAAUGGCGCAGGCAAGUCGACGCUGCUUGCUCUCAUGGGCGGUCAAAUGGUAAGCAGCUCGCUUUCUCUCUCUUUAGACGUUCUUUUCCUCGCCGCUCAUUCCCCACCUAGGUCGCACAUCGAGUGGCUCCUGCGCGUUGUCGCCGCCUCCUUUGCAAGUCUCUCCGGCCUUUUCUUGCGCGUUUCAGAGGACUUAGGGGCUUUGUUCGCGUAUGCUUGCAUGCAGAUGACGCAAACGGGCGAACUCCUCAUUUUCGGGAGGCGCGCCUUUGAUGACUCCUCCCUUGCAAAUGAGGUCGAUCCGGCUUGGCGAAUGGGGUUCGUUUCGGCAGGGGAGAGGCGGAGGGCGCAGUUAGUUGCGUCCUUAGCUGAGCGAAGGCGCGUGUAUCUCCUUGAUGAACCUACGGGGGAACUGGAUGUUGUCUCGCGUGAGAUGCUGUGCAGGUUUCUGCUGGCAGAGUCUCGCGCCGUAGGCUCCUGUGUCGUGUAUUCCACGCACGUCUUCGAUGGACUCUGUGGAUGGGCUACCCACAUCCUGUACUUGAGGAAAGGCGCAGUUUGCGCCUUCUCGCCUGUUGCGGCCAUGCCAGAGUAG